AUGUACACGUUUAUGCUCUUAUGAUUUUACUUAAAUAAAUACAUGUUAAACUUUUAAAUCCUCUCCUUGCCUACUUAGUGGAUUUUGAAACACAACAAAGUGGUGACCCCGACGCGAUCCACUAAGUGGCGCCAGAGGACUUUCCCCUGAAUCGAGCAGACAGGACGGACUCCAGUUUUUCCUUCACUCAAAACAGCGCGCUGUCAAAAUAAGGUCGCCAGAGCACAGACCCCGGGAGAAGAGGAGCCCCGGAGCAGUGUCAAGUCUUUACAGUGAUGUGACCAUGGAAAGUGAUGUCUGCAGGACCCUGUCUCUCCUGUAUCCCAGAGUGCGUGCAAUACAACCGCCUCCAGGAGCAGUCGCCUACCCUGGUAACUAUACUUGCAUCACACAAUCCAACAGCUCUACCAUGAAUGUGGGACACCUACCUAAGAAGAUUUGUAUGUACAUCUACAACACAUCUUUGUUCGUUCCCAAUGUCACACAGCCGAUGUUUAACAAUCAGAGUAAGGGACUCGCUGAUGUCUAGUGGAUGUGUGGGACACAGCCCCACCUUAGACCAUCCUUACCUGCUAAAUGGGGGGGCACCUGCGCCUUAGUGUCCCUAUUAUUGCCAAUUACCAUGCUUCCUAUUAGCGCAGGGAAGCUAGAGGAGACAGUACAGUCUACCUCUCACAAACAUUCCUUGAAGAGGGCUAAAAGAGACACUGACUUGGGUUUUGGUACCUGGGGAGACCCAAGCACCCCGUUCGGGUCUAUAGAUAGUAGGGUGUAUAUAGAUGCAAUUGGAAUACCAAGGGGUGUACCAGAGGAGUUCAAAGCUCAGAAUCAGAUAGCAAAGGGUUUUGAGUCUAUACUGCCCUGGAUAACUACAAACAAGAAUGUGGACUGGAUAAACUAUAUAUACUACAACCAGCAGAGGUUUUUGAACCGGACUAGGGAUGGCCUGAGGGGUGUGUCCGAACAAUUAGCCGCCUCCUCACUCAUGGCACUUCAGAACCGUAUGGCACUAGACAUGUUGUUGGCAGAAAAAGGGGGUGUGUGCCACAUGUUUGGAGAUGCUUGUUGUACAUUUAUUCCCAAUAAUACUGCCCCAGAUGGUAGCAUCACUAGAGCCUUGGAGGGGUUGACCUCUCUAGUCAAUGAACUAGCAGAAAACUCGGGUGUGGCUGAAAACCCCAUCACCAGUUGGCUGGAGGACGUUUUUGGCAAAUACAAAGCAAUUGUGCUCUCCAUGCUUACGUCCGUGGCAGUGUUUCUGGGCAUAUUGGUGUGUUGUGGAUGCUGUUGCAUCCCUUGUUGUCGCACUCUGGUGAACAGAUGGAUUGAUGUGGCUCUGACCAAAAAAGAUCCCCAGAAAGAUGCUCCUCCAGCGUACUCCAUGCCCCUGUUGGGGAUGGAGGACGGUGAUGAGACUGAUUCAGACAAUGAAGGAAGUGAAUCACCAAUGUAAUGCUAUAUUAACCUUUCUUCUUCUUCCCCUAGUGCGGCCAAUUGUUUACCAGUUUGAGGGCCAUAUAAUUCUAAGCUUAGUAGUAUUCACACCUGAGGUGUGAAAACGGGGAUCUGUAAGAAAUAAAAAUAAUCAGUCAAGCUGGCUAUGCUUUAUGAGGAUACAAAUUAUAGUUGAAUAGUAUUGUGUGUUUAGCGGAAGAGCACUGUGACAGCUUAGUCAGGCAAAAUGAGAAAAGGAUACUGUUGUAUGUGCAGAAAGCAGCACUGUAUGACGGUGGUCAGAGAGCAACAAGAGUGCAGCAACGAAGUUAAUAUCAGUUUGAUAUCAGUUUGACCAUGAAAAUAAGUUACUCCUCAACCUGUGACAGGCAACAGCAGCGCAUUGUUCUCUCUGACCAUCAGCAUAGCUAAAGUCUGUCUAACAACUGAUGAAGAGGGCUUGUGCCAAAAGACUGGGACCAGUCUGUGCACCAACCAGGGGACGCCAAGUCUAAACCACGGUACUCCUCCAACCUUUAAUAAACAAAUCAAAAUGCUCUUAGAGACUGAUAUAUGAAUUCAUGUAUAAGCCAGAAAAAUUCAGUCUGAGAGAAGCCUGUGUGCAUGCUCAAC